UGGAGUGUGGUGAGGCGCUUCUCUUACCACACUCUCGUCGCAUCUAGCUCGUGUUAACCCUCACACACACACUCACUCAUACUCCAGUGUUGGACCCUACACGGGUUACAACAGGGAGAGAAUCAUACAAUAUUCAACUUCCCUCCGACCUUGACGAGAGGGAAGGCCACAACACUGCUGAUGAUUUCAAUGCCGUCAAGAAAGGUAUCCAUUGAAGCGUCUUCGCACUGAAGGACUUCGAAAACUACACUGAGACGUCCUCACCCCUCACACUUCAGAUCUCGGAGUCCCUUUUAGAAACGUUACCCCUCGCACUGCCAACCUCAUAGCAUUGCACUGAUACUGCUCAUCUCCCUUACACUGCAGCCUUCAGAGUGCUGGUCCUUCGCACUACAGAUACAAUAACACUGUAUUAACACGUCCCCCUCACACUACAGGCCUCACAGUGUUCUUCCAGGAUAUUCCUCUCACACGCCAGGCCUAAAACACCUCUUUUAAUACCGAUUUCAUGAAAUAAGGGGAAAAAUGACAACCAGGAGAAAAAGAGAGAAAUUUAAUAGAAAAAACAAUCAGUAACUUUAGGAAGGAUAGACAGACGUAUAGCUAUGACAUGUUAAAGUGUAAGUCAGAAGAGACUAGAAAAUUCCUAGCCUAUUGGAGGCGUCAUUCUUGGAAAAAAAGUGGAAACGAAGACGAAGUUUAGAUAUAUUAUGUCUUCUACUUUGCUGUGGUGAGGAGCAAGAGGUUUCCGUGGGGUCAAGAAACCCACUCAGCCGAGGAAAGCCUUCAAAAGGAGUGGGCAUCUCUCCAAGUGUACCUGCAUACACCCUUGUCAUCACCGUCAAGAUGCUGCAGGAGGUGUUAGUGUUGAUGUCAACAGCAGCAGCAGUAGUCUCUUGCUGGCCUUCACCUGACUCUCCUCACACCUUCAUCUACUACAAUCCUCCCGCGGACGGCGCCCCACCAGCAGACAUCCAGUUAAUGAUGUUUCAGGCAACUAACUCCGACCUGCAGCAGCCUCACCCUGCUGGGCACUUCACCUUUCUCAGACACGACAAAGUACCUCGCUACAACCAUGCUCCUGAUCCCUCUCCAGCACCACGAACCUCUGGUGGUGAUCUACUAGACAAAGAGACUUCUGGCCGUGAUCUUCCAAACAGUCAGAUUUCUGUUCGGGAGCUUCCGGACAAUCAAUCUUCUGUUCGUGAUGUCUCAGACAACCAGUCUUUUCGUGAACUUUCAAAUGUGCACAUCUCAAGUGGUGAUCUUCCAGAUAUUCAGGUUUUCGUUACUACUAUUCCAGACAUCCAGACUUCAGUUGGUGAGCUUCCAGAAACUCAAACCUCAGCUGGCGUUCCAGAAAUCUUAACUUUUUCUGGCGAGCUUACAGACACCCAGACUUCUGCUGGUGUCCUGCCAGUUAGUGGCCUUCCAGAAACUCAGACCUCUGUUGGUGAUCUUGAAACCACUCAGGCGUUUGGUGAUCUUCCAGAUACCCAGACGUUUGGUAAUAUUCCGGUUAUACAGAUAUCUGGUGAUCUUCCAGUUACCCAAAUGACUGAUAUUCCAGCCAUCCAGACGUCUGGUGAUUUUCCAGAAACCCAGAGUCCAGCUGAGAAUCUGUCAGUCACCGAGGUAGCUAUUGGUGACCUUUACGACAUUCAGACCUCUGUAAGCGACAUUACAGACAACAUGGUCUCUCCUAGUGAGCUUCCAGAAACUUUUACCUCAACUGGUGAGCUUUCCUUAAUCCAAACCUCAAAUGACGAUUUUUCAGAAAAUCUAACAUUUGCUGGAGAAGUUACUGAUACCCAGAGUCCUACUGAUAAUCUUGCAGAAACUGCUGUUAUUGAGCUUACAGAUACCACAACCUCUACUGACGAACUUCCAAAUACCCAGACUUCUGUUGAUUUGUCAGAAAACCAGAACUCUUCUGUUCAUUUUCCAAAUGGCAAAAAUUCAAUUGGCGAUCUUCCAAAACGCCAGAGUUCUAGUAAUCUAGAAGCAGAAUCUUCUGUUGAUUAUCAUCUAGAGAUAGGCACACACACGACCGAUGGUUAUCUUCAAGAUAUUCGGAAAUCUGAUGGUAAUCUUUCAAACACUAGUUCUGAUCGUGAUCUUUCAGAAACUAAGAACGCUGCUGGAGACAUUCAAGAAUCUCUGAUUUCCGCUAGUGACAGUCCACAUAUCCAGAUCUUUGUUGAUGCUCUUCCAGUCACAAGGACUCUUGUUGGCCAUCUUCCAGACAUCCAGACCUCUCCUGAUGACCUUCCAGAUGUCCAGACAUCUGCUGGUAACUUUCCAUACAACAAAACUUCCAUUGCUGACGUUCCAGACGUAAUGACUACUGCUCCUGACCUUCCAGACAUUCAGACGUCUGCUACUGACGUUCCACACCCCCAGAUCUUGAAUAGCAAUCUUCCUGAGAUCCAAACAUCUACUGAUUUUCUAGGCAUUCAGACCACUGCUGAUGCCCUUCCAGACACCCAGACCACUGCUGAUUCCCUUCCAGACACCCAGACCACUGCUAAUACCCUUCCAGAUGCCCAGACCACUGCUGAUAACUUUCCAGAGAUCCAAACCUCAGUUGGUGAUCAAGAGAUCCAGAUGUCUGUUGAAGCGAGGGACAGUGAGUUUGAUACGAAGAGUUCUCUUGGCCCUCAGCCAUAUAUUGAGACUGUCACUGAAGGUUCCUUGUACAAAGAUCAACUAAAUACUCACAGUUCUUCAGAUAAACCAGUAAAUAAACCUCUGUUGGCUCAUUUCCCUUCAUCUGAGGAAGUCUUCGAACUGCCGGUCACAUUUAGACACGAUCUGGUCGGCGAAGAAGCAGAUGACAUCACCACGCCACCCAAAGAUAACAAGACAUUGCGUAUUGAAGGCAAAACAAAGAAGAAAACGAAGACAAAAUUAAAGACAGAAGUGGAUCAUUUGGAAAACACGCUGUAUUUUGCUUUCGAACAGGACAAGAAGAAGGAAGACUUACUGACUAUUCCACUCGGAAGAUCAGUGGAAUCCAGAGCCCAGCCCUUAGCUGAUUACCCGGUCGAGCACCGCGGGGACCCCAGUAACAUCUACCAGUACCACUUCCAGGACCAUAAGACAGGGUCGUACAAGUUCGGCUACGGUGACGACCACCAGUGGAGACACGAGGAACGACACCCCGACGGCGUAGUUCUGGGUCGCUACGGCUGGCACGACGCCCUGGGCAAGCAACAUGUCACACAUUACGUGGCAGACGCAGGAGGUUACCGUAUCGUCCGUCCUGGCCAAAAAAUCAACAUCGUCCCUCGUCAAGCAUCCAUUGCUCCUGAAAAUUCAACCACGCCUACACGCCCACCCUCCACGUCUACACGCCCGCCCACCACAUCUACACACCCACCCACCACGUCUACACACCCACCCACCACGUCUACACACCCACUCACUACGUCUGGACGCUCAAACAUCACGCCUGGACCCCCAACUACUACAACAACAACAACAACUACUACUACUACUACUACUUCCUCUCUGUCGUACAUCGUGAGCUCAACAUCCCCUCCACUAUGGUGGUCAUCCACACCUCCGCCACCUACAACCACCUCUACAUCCCCAACACCCACACCAUCAAGUCCAGUUCUCACACAGACCUCUGUAACACCCCCACCGCCUACGACGUCUUUAAGUGAGCCACCUACAACACAGCUCUCGACGCCCCUGGCUGACGAAGAUCCGGUGAAACCACAGACAGCACCACCAGUAGCUACGGGACGCCCACCUAUCGCUUACCCUCUUCCUCAGCAGUCUGUCAACGCCCGCCCCUCCCAGUGGUUGCCGCCCACGUUCCAGCCACACCCACAAGUGUACUGGUCAAGGCCGCGGCCUGCCCACAGGCCAUACAGGACCCAGUAUCAUAGCAGACCCAUUCCCAGCCCAUUCCGUCCUGUUAACCAGCCACGCCCUCAGCUCUUCAACCCACCCAAGCCUCUCAAACCUCUGUUGUCCUACAUCGGUCUUCCUAGACCAAGACCACAAGAGCAGGAUGACCCAAGAAUCAGUUCUGAGACCUCCAGCGCCCCAACUCUGAACGACAUUGAUAGCGUCAUACCUCAUCGAGAGGACGCACUCAACACACCAUCCAACCAGACUAAGACGAACUUGCUUCGUCCUGUCAACCGGCCUCGUCCAAAACCACUUCGUCCACCAGAAACCCCGUCUCUGAGUUCCCACGAUAGCACUGGGUCCGAAGAGUUCUCGGCACAGGUGGGUCCUCCUGAGUCCACAGAUAACGAAAUCUCGGACUCUGAAGAGUCACAGUUUGUAGAAGAUAUAAUCUCUCACCUGCAGAGUGCGUAUGACCACCCUUUCAUUCGCUUGCCUGCGGGCGAGGCAGCCCUGUGGCCGCCAGCAGUGUCCCCCCUGCACUCACUCCGUCAGGGUCCUCUGCAGGGAGCACCGAGCACUGCCCUCAGUCCCCCACCCCUGACGAACAACAUGCGUCCGCAAGACACUCAACCACAGCUACUAGCAAGUAACGUACAUCUGCAGGAUACACAACCACAGCCAAUAGCGAGCAACCCCAUACAAGUACUGGACACAGAACCUUCACUCAACCAGCCAACAGUGUCCAUCCUUGAGGCAAACCUCAGCCAAUCAAAGGUGCAAGCAGCCACUCCCGGCAGCCAAUCAGAGGAACACAAACCUGCCUCCAGUGCCUCACUCAACCCACAACCACCACCAAUUGAUUACGCCUUCAUGGAUGAAGAUUACACUUCAGUUGAAAAAUCACACAUACCAAUACACGAGAACACACUUCGACAGACAUUGCAGCACAUUGUUGACGAUCUCAGAGGUCAAGUUGUCAAUAGAGACGAUGAUGGUUUGACAGCUGAACAUGAUCAGUAUGCAAGUGAAGGUGCCGCGUUAGUGGGUGAAAAUGAUGUUGUGGGAAGUAGAGCCACUACUCGUCUCCAGGACGCCUCUGAUAGGCUGAGACCUGGUCAUUAUGUCGACACAGAGGGGUUGAAGGACUCAGAUGUGGGACAGGUGGAAGACGCAAGCAGUGAUCGCAGUACCAGCAGUGACCAGAGCACAAGUAAACAGAGUACAAACAGUAACAAGAGUACAGACAGUGUUCAGAGUACAGACAGUGACCAGAGUACAGACAGUGAUCAGAGUACAGACAGUGACCAGAGCACAAGCAGUGACCAAAGUACCAGCAGUGGCAACAGUACAGGAAGUAACCAGAAUACAGGCAGUGACCAGCGCACAAACAGUGACCAUAGUACAGGCAAUGACCAGAGUACAGGCAGUGACCAGAGUACAAGCAGUGACCAGAGUACAGGCAGUGACCAGGAAACUAUCAGUGACCAGAGUACAAGCAGUGACAAGAGUACAGACAGUGACCAGAGUACAGGUAGUCACCAGGAAACUAUCAGUGACCAGAGUUCAGGCAGUGAUCAGAGUACCAGCAGUGACCAGAGUACAGACAUUACCCAGAGUACAGAAAGUUACCAGAAUACAGACAGUGACCAGGGAGCUAUUAGUGACCAGAGUACAGGCAAUAAUCAGAGCACAGGCAGUGACCAGAGUACAGGCAGUGAUCAGAGUACAAGCAGUGACCAGAGUACAGGCAGUGACCAGAGUACAGGCAGUGACCAAAGUACAAGCAGUGACCAGAGUACAGGCAGUGACCAGAGUACAGGCAGUGACCAGAGUACAAGCAGUGACCAGAAUACAGUCAGUGACCAGAGUACCAGUAGUGACCAGAGUACAAGCAGUGAUCAGAGUACAGUCAGUGACCAGAGUACAAUCAGUGACCAGAGUACUAGCAGUGACCAGAGUACAAGCAGUGACCAGAGUACAGUCAGUGAUCAGAGUACCAGCAGUGACCAGAGUACCAGCAGUGACCAGACUGCAGUCAGUGACCAGAGUGCCAGCAGUGACCAGAGUACAGGCAGUGACCAGAGUACAGGCAGUGAUCAGAGUACAGGCAGUGACCAGAGUACAGGCAGUGACAAGACACCCUCCACCUGGAGUGACACAUACACCGCCAGUGACCCACCACAGGAGACUCCAGCAGGCAGUAGACCUGCAAUUUCGUUCUUCCCACCUCCAGGAGGCUUGUGGCCUUACCUCCCUCACCAGGAGACCUCCACUCCUGACACCUCCAACCUGCCUCCACCUCCCCCUCCACAGAACUUCUGGAGUGAGAUCCUUAAGCACUUGUACAACCUCCAGAACCUUGUUCCUCAGUGAGCCAUCACCUAUGAACAACCCCACUUCUUGGGGAAUAAGCGGUAAACCCAUAGGAAUCAUACGACGCAUGGGGCACUGGUAGGGAAUCAGGUUCGAUCCGAGGAUUUCGGCGGAGACCUCCACGUCCUUAGAUCAAGAGAGUCUGUGAUAAACAGCUGUACCACCGGAUGGGCAUUGUUAGGUUAGUAUGGUGCUGGGGCUUAUCUUGCGACAGAUACUUGACUGAAAUGGGCUAGUUGUAGUGCUGAGAGGGCUGGUUGUAGUGCUGAGAGGGCUGGUUGUAGUGCUGAGAGGGCUAGUUGUAGUGCUGAGAGGGCUGGUUGUAGUGCUGAGAGGGCUAGUUGUAGUGCUGAGAGGGCUGGUUGUAGUGCUGAGAGGGCUGGUUGUAGUGCCGAGAGGGCUAGGUGUAGUGCUGAGAGGGCUGGUUGUAGUGUUUAGAGGGCUAGUUGUAGUUUUGAGAGGGCUAGUUAUAGUGCUGAGAGGGUUGGUUGUAGUGCUGAGAGGGAUGAUUGUAGUGCUGAUAGGGCUAGUUGUAGUACUGAGAGGGCUGGUUGUAGUACUGAGAGGGCUGGUUGUAAUGCUGAGAGGGCUUGUAGUGCUGAGAGGGCUGGUUGUAGUUCUGAGAGGGGCUGGUUGUAGUGCUGAGAGGGCUGGUUGUAGUGCUGAGAGGGGCUGGUUGUAGUGCUGAGAGAAAUGGUUGUAGUGCCAAAUGAGCUAGUUGUAGCGCUGAGAGGGGCUGGUUGUAGUGUUGAGAGGGAUGGUUGUAGUGCUGAGAGGGCUACUUGUAGUGCUGAGAGGACUAGUUGUAGUGCUAAGAGGCUGACUGAAACGCUGAGAAGAGCUGUGAGCAGUCAUAAGGUCUCAGCUGACAUAGAAAUCAGCUGACAGUGAAGAUCUCAGCUGAGAGUGAUGGUCUCAAUUAGCAGCGAUGAAAGUCAUAAUGAUGGGCAUUAGCGCAA